GUAUUCAUUACUCAGGGGCAUAGCUUAGCAUAAUCCUAACCUGAUAAUAAUUAUCCUUAAUCUUUGACAAAUUUAUUAGAUCCCAAGCAAUAUAAAUAGUAAACUGAAAAGACAAUGAGCAAGUCGUCUUUGAAACGCGUCUAAACAAAUACUAUCAAAAUGAAAUACUUCAUCGCCAUCUCUCUGCUCGUCGCCGUGGCUUCGGCCGGUUUGGUGAAGCCUGUGGGCUCUGAGCUCGCCGAGCUCCAGGAGAUCAUCGCCGCCAUCAACAGCCCCAGCACCGACCCCGCCACCGCCGCCGCCCUCGAAGAGAUGCUCCUCGAUGCUCUAGGCGUCAAGCCCGAGCCCGUUGAAGUUGGACCCGCCGUCAUUGACACUCACCCCAUCUCUGUCGGCCCUGCCAUCAUCGAGUCCAACCCCAUCUCUGUUGGACCCGCCCUCAUCGACUUCCUCCCCGACGCUGGUGUUGUCGCUGAGGAGCCCAUUGUCCCCACCCCCGUUAUUGUUGCCCCCGCUCCCGUCGACGAGGUCACACCCGUCGCUGCCGCCGCUCCCCUGGUCCAGAUCAUCCUGAACAUCAACCAGGCCGCCGCUGACGUUAGCCCCGUCGCCGUUGGCCCCGCUGUCGUUGCUGAGGAGAUCGUCCCUACUCCCGUACAUGUUGUAGAGACUGAGGCCCCCAUUCCUCCUAUUGCCGUCAACCCCAUCGGCGUUGUGGCUCCUGAAGGCUCUCCCAUUCCUCCCAUUGCCGUCAACCCCAUCGGCGUUGUGGCUCCUGAAGGCGCACCCAUUGCUCCUAUUGCAGUGAACCCCAUCGGUGUGGUGGCUCCUGAGGUCGCUCCCAUUGCUCCUAUUGCCGUCAACCCCAUCGGUGUGGCUCCCGUUGCUCCCAUCGCCGUGAACCCCGUCGGUGUCAAGCCCGUCAAGCCUGUCCCCGUCAUGGCGCGCCAUUAAAUGAAUGUAACCAUGUGAUACAAUAAAUUAAAUUUACCAACUA